AUGAUAAAAUGCCCGCUGGCAGCGGGAACCCUGCAUUCUGCAGCGGCCCUGGGUGCAGCUGAGCGCGGACAUGGCAGGCACCCGGCUCCUGGCAGCGGUCCUCGUCCUGGGUCUGUGGCCAUGGCGGGGGCCGGGAAACCUUCCCCCUGCCAGUGCUCCAGGAUGAACCCCGACAGCAGGAAGAACUGCGGCUUCCCGGGCAUCACCAGUGACCAGUGCUUCGCCGCCGGCUGCUGCUUCGACACCACCGUCCCGGGGGUGCCCUGGUGCUUCACCCCGCUCCCCAUGCAAGACAAAGAGGAGUGUGUCAUGGAAGUGUCGGCCCGCGUGAACUGUGGCUACCCGGGCAUCAGCCCCCAGGACUGCGCGUCUCGGAAGUGCUGCUUCUCGGACACCAUCCCUGAGGUGCCCUGGUGCUUCUUCCCGAAGCCCGUGCAAGCAACCAAGUACCCCGCGGAAAGGCAGCACAGUCUCCGCUGGGCUCUGGCAGUCAUGCUGCUGACGGUGAGGAGGGGCCACCCUGUGUCCGCGUAUCAAAGCCCUUUCCGCACGGCGUCCGGGCAGUGUGACUGCGUCCAGGAUUCAGGGAGACACCCCUUUGCCUGA